GAAGGACAGGAAGCUUAAAGUCAGCGUAUAAUAUUAUGAUGCGGUUUAUCAUCCGCAGCAUUGUACAUAUAUGAUUUGUGGACAAAAGCGCGUUUGUUCAUUUGUGUACAUAGUUACAUAUUACAGUCCAAGAAACAUUAUGGUCGUGAUACAAUAUUAUAUCUGUGUUUUCCUUUACGUAAGUAUUAACUUCGAGUAUAUUAUUGUUAUUAUUGUUUUAGCAUAGUUUUUAAUCAAAAAAUAAAAAUAGAUAAAUAAUAGUAAUAAUAAAAAUACUAAAUAAUAACUGUAAAAAAUAACAGUCGGAAACAACGUUUUUUUUGUCAAAAGAUAAGGGAUAAGACUAGGGACUCGUCCCCCCAGAAAUCGUUUGUUUUAUUCGUUAUUUCGGUUGUUUUGUUAUAUAAAAUCGUUCUAAAAAUUAUUCGUACUCCCUCCGAAAUUUAUUCCUGGCUACGGCACAGAUAAAAUAAUUAUAUAUUAUUUGCUCGGACAUUUCGAAAUAAUAAAAUAUGUUAUUUAUAUUAUUUUUGGGGAUAACUCAUACGUACAUAUAGAUUUGCAAGUAUACAUUAUAAUAUUAUAUAAUAUCAUCAUCAAAUAUUAAAUAAUUUUUCAGUAACGCGUAGAUUGAGGGGAUUAUUUAUUGAUUUUUUUUAGUAAGUUUUUGUUUAAUAGGGAGGAGGAGAAACGAGCAAUAACGGUUUCUAUUCAUUUUGAUUAUUAAUUUUUUUUUUUUUUUUUUGUAUUCAGUGAAUAGUAUCAUAAAAACAGAAAGUUUCACUUUAUAUUUAUAAUUUAACCGUUUUAUAGGCAUGAUACGAUUUUCAAAAUAUUCAGAUUUAUUUAAGCUAGUUUUUUUUCGGAUAAAAUGUAUACAUGAUUUAUUUUAAAUUGUACUUAUAGUGAUAAAAAAAAGUUAUUUUUAUGAGCGUUUUAAGUUUGAGUUAAUGAUGAAAAUGAUUAAUAUGCGAACAAUUACAAUUUAUUUUGUAGAUACAAUUGCCAAUUCAAACUGCGCUCAGAAUCGUUUUCAGUUUACAAUGAUAUUUCGUUGUAUGCAGUAUAUUAUUAACCAUGUUACCCUAUACAUAUCUUACUUUCUAAACUUUCUAAAACCAAUGAGGUACUUACCUAUCGAAAAUCUACCGAAAAUGUUGCACUAAUUAAAAAAAAAAAACUAGAAUAUUUUGUAACAUUUUGAGUCUAGUUGCAUGGAGAAGGUAAUUUUAUGAUUUUCAUUGUAUUGGAAAAUGUACUUUAUGUAAAAUGUAUUUUUUUUUUUGUUAUUUAAUUAAAACUAAUAGUAGAAACUUAAAACUUUUAAAGAAGACUUAUAAUAGUAAUCUUAUGUAAAAGUGGUAAAAUUUUCAAAAUAUUCCAGUGAUUUGUCAGCUAUUUUUACAGGUAUUUGAAAUGUUUGAGUUAUUUAGUUUUUAUUUGGUUUAUAUGUGAAUAAAAUCGUUUUAACCGAGGAGAAAUGCUUGAAAAUUGUUUAAAAUGUUGAUUAUAAAUUGCAGAUAGUGGUAAAAAAAAAAAAAAGUUGAACGUAAUUUAGUAGAUUUUUUUAUAAAAAUUUAAGAUUUAAUUUCGAUGAAAAUCGUAAAAUGUACGGCAUUUAUAACGUGCUUAACCGAACUUCGCUCAGAAUAGUAUUUCGUUGAAAUAACAAUUAAUCGAUUUCAUAUAGUUAUAAAUUAAAUAACUCUAAGCAUUCUAUUUUUCCAAAUUUUCACCUAUAGCAGUAACACGCACGUCUUUAGUAUUAAACUUUCGUUUUUUUUUUUUUUUUUCUAUAUAAACGAACAUUAUUAUUUUAUUUUAUUCCCAUCAAUGUCGUGUUGGUUUUUAUUUAAUCCGCGUUUUACGCCGAUAGAUAUAUUUUAGUGAAGGGAAGCAGGCGGUUUCGUAUAUGAUCCCUUCUAACUCCUGCAGCAGUCUGUCAUCAGUCGUGUCUUUCGUUCGUGUAAUAAAGAUUCCCACUAGGAAAUCUCUAAUGGAAUUCGGACAUAACACGUUUUCGUAUUUUAUAUUAUAUAUUAUUUAUAGUUUUCUCGUAUAUAUAUAUAUAUAAGCACAUUAAGACGACGUUUUUAUUUUUUAGUAGUGAAAAUGUAUGUUACUCGCGUGUGUCAAUUUUGUCGGACUUUUGGUUUUAAUUGUAGCUAUCUAUAUACGAACUGCAGUUUUAAAUUGCCGACUGUUGUAACACCAUCAUUUUGUCGAUUUUUUGAUGUACGCCGUCGUCGUCGCCGUGCGCCGUCGUUUCGUCGAUUGCUCUCCAAAUCGCUGUUCAAACACACUGCACAUAUACGUAUAACAUCCGUAAUUCGUCAUGAAUUCUCUCGAGACACGUGAUUGGCGAGUCCUUUAAGUUCGCAAUUACAAGUCAAGGGGUUUUCUCCGGCUGUACUCCUAUAUAUGGCUAUAUAAUAUAAGUCCAAGUGGUCGUUUUCCCAUAUUUUACGCACAGAUUGCCGCGGCUAAAUUUGUAUCUAUUCAUAUAUACGCAGUCGCUACCUACUACUAGUUUUAUGUACGUUCAAUAGUUCGAAAUAUGCAAUAAAAUAUUUGUAUAUUAUAAUAUUAUUUUUUUCAACAAUAGUUUUAUAAAUUCAAUUUGUUUUUAAAUCAAUAUUUUAUAACUAUAGACUAUUGUAGGCUAAGGUAUUGUAAUAAUGAAAAAAAGGGGGUAUAAUAGGGGGGGAAUAAUAAUAUGUAAAUAAUGAUAAAGAUAAUAAUAUAAUAUAAGAUAAAUGAGGUGUUUUAAUUUGAUACCUAUGUUAAAUCUGGUAUUUGAAUCCUUCCUCCAGCUAUUCGGAAUGCUAUUCGGAAGUCGAUAGUCCGAGAAUAAUGUGUCGAAAUACACAAUAGUUAUCAAACUGAUGAUUUAAUUUAAAUUAAAAAUUGCACUGGAUAUUUUACUAGUAAAUGUCGUGAUAAUUAGCCGGUAAUUUUAGUGAAUAUUGACACAAUAUACUAAUGUGAGAGUUUGACUUGAUUUUAAAGACAAUUAUUAACAAUGCGUUUAGUUGUUCAAUACUUUAUAUCUGUACCAGUGUUCUGUUUAGUUAUACACAGUGAAAACAACGUUUUAAUUAAAAUUACUGAAAUAUCAUUCAUCUUACUUGCUUACAUCAGAGCAAAUCUACAGCAUCAUGAUGAUUUGAAGAAAAAUGUCAUAUUGGACUUGACACUGAGGCAGACCAAUAAUGGAAUACACGAAAAGAAAUUAUGAUAUAUAUAUAAAUAUAUACUGAUAAGGAUAGGGUAGUUACAACGAUUUAAUGGAUUAAUUAGGAUACCAUGGGAAGACAUGAUGGGGAUCUGUAACAAAUCAAUCUGAAAACCAAAAACUAAAUUAUUAUAAUGUUUGAGGUAGUUACAUCGAAUGCAAAUACGACUUUGUACGACUUCACCAAUAUGUUUGCGAUGGAAUUCGUCUUCCAAUAACAAGGUCUUGCGUUUAAGUUAGGUUACUCUUGUAAUCUAUGUCACUUCGUAUGACAUAACCUACGGAGUAAAUGUGUGCAUUUUUUCUUUUUUAAUUUCUGAUUAUAUAUAUUUGAAGCUGAAGAAAAUAUUUUGAGAAAAUGUCGAAAAAAAUAUGUAAAUAUCACGAAAAACAUCAAUACCUACGCUUACUAGCUGGAUACACAGUGAUUUUUAUGAAAAAAAGUUGUACAACCUAACUUAAAAGUUUUAAAACAGCGUUAAAAUAAUACAUUUGCAUAUCGGUUUGAAAAAGUUUAGAAGAAAAAAAAAAUCGUCAAUAUUAUAAUAUAUACAAUUUUAACUAAUAUUGAUGAGAAUAAGAGUUUUCAUUUUAACAGGAAAUUCUAUACUUAACGUAAAAUUUAUACCGGCAGUUCUAAAUAAAUGCACGAGGAAAACAAAAUAAUUUUAGUCGUGAAAUAAAUAAAAUGACAUUUGUUUAAAAGUUUUCAUUGAAAUUAAAACAAAAAUUAAUAACGGACAGUGAUCCGGUACUGAACACUGAACACUCGGUAUUCAGUCCGACAGCACUUUUUAUAAAUAUUAUAUAUUUGAUAAACUUUCAUAUAAUUUUUGAAUUUUAGACUUUAGUUUUUUAAUUAUAAUUUGUAAUGCAUAAAAAAAAAAAAAUUAUAAUUUGUCUGUUUUAAAAAAAAGUUUCGAAUAAAAUAAUAUUGUAAUAUUAUUUUAUUAAGAAUAAUGGUUUCGUCAAGUUAUUUAUAAUAGUUUUUGUGAGCGGUUUUAGUGAAAAACACUACGAGAGAAGUCGAUUCAAAUAAAAAUGUUCUUUGACGUAGUCAAAUUAUGUAUUUCAUAAUAUGAAUCCCAAUCUCAACCCCCCUCCAAAUGGAGCCAGAUUGAUGCAAUUGUUCAUAUGCAUUUCGUUAGUAUAAGAACAUGACUCUUACAUGUUCUGAUGAUCAAUAUGUACAACUUUCUCCCUUAUAUUUUUAUGAUCACAUUGCACAAUGUGUUUAGAAGUUGUAAAAUCUGUUAUGUUGUUAAUCUGUUAUUAUGUUAUAAUUUAUUAUGGUAUGUUAUUAUUAUAGUAUUCAAUUAUUUAUUAUUUUGCAAUGAAAAUUUAUAUAAUACAAAAUAGGUGGGAGAAAAUAUGACUCUAGUGAUUUCAAUACUGCUGCUCAUGGGUGUGUUUUUUUGUUUGUUUUAAUAUUAUAAAUAGUUUUAUUAAAUUGAAUAUAAAAAAUAUUGUUUGGAAACGAGUGCAAAUUGUGCGAUAAAAUUGUAGGUAGGUAGCUAAAUCAGCUAAAACCACAUUAUCGCGAUACAUACUGUAAUUAUUAUUUUAAUUAAUGGAGUAAAUUACUUGGGUAUUGCAGUUUAUCUUUUUUGCUUAUUGUGCACACAUCAGCGUAGACUGUGAGUUUUCUUUUUAACCCAAAGAAAAAUCCUAUAAAACUACAUAUAUUCUUAUACCCAUAAGAAAUACACACAUACUCGUAUAUUAUAUUGUUAUUUAUUAAUAAUAAUUUAAAACUAUUUUAUUUGCAAUUUUUUUGAAAAAGCAAUGUGUAAAUAAUUAACGGAACACGUCAAUUUAUAGAUUAUAAAAUAACGUAAUUUGAAAAGAAUUAGGAAGGUAAGAUACAUAGAGUUAUUUUAUUUAUAUCUGUAGGUAGCGAUAGUUUAUUGUUAACGAAAUACGAUUCUACUGAUAAAUGUUACCGUGAUUUCUAAAACUUACUACAUUACGCCCAAUUUUUCAUUUUGAUCACAAAGUACAAUUUAUGAUGAACCUAGUGUUUUAAAGCAAUUUUCAAGUAUUUUUUCUUGGCUAAAAUAACAGAUUUUUACAAUUUUUUCGAUUAAAUUACAACAAAAAGGAACAACUCGUUGAAAUUUGCUUUUAGAAAAGAUACUACGUUUGAAAAUUGGAGUUGGAUUUUUGGUAGAAAAGCGGUUCAUAAGAAAAAGAAAAAAAGCACACGUAAUAGUAAACCACCCAUACAUCCCUCUCUGCUCUCAAAAUGUAAAAGUGGCCUGACCGAGUUAAAUAUAAUAAUUGUAAUAAAAUUACACAUUGUGCUGAAAUCAGCUUAACUGCAAGUAUCGUUUCUGGCCGAUAGAUUUACUGAUGCCCUAUCGCCUCCUUAAUGUUGAUUGACAUAUUUUUAUCCAUUUUGUAAAUGAAGAUCUUCACAACCACCUUUAGUCACUUAAUUCCAAUCACAAACACCUAUAGUAAGUUCAACAUCUAUCCAUAACAAUAAAAUAAUAUAUGUAUAUUAUAUUACUGCUGUGAAAGAUAUCAUCGUUAUCGCCCUCGACAUCAAUUAAUGGCAGUAAAAGUCAGUUUUAAUAUGAACUCGUUCGUGUUAUCGUCCUCGUUUUUUUCGUUAUGUAACAAUUUCCUUUACAUAACAAUUAUUAUAUUUUACAGGCAUCCCAGAUGUCAAAGUUUACUUAUUCAAAAGUAAUCGGAUCACUUAAACCAAACUCAAACCUAGGUUCGUAUACAUUAUAGUUUUACUCUAAUUUUGAAAACAUUCUCAUUUUGAUAUAAUUCUCUAAGGAGACAUUUGUAACUAUACCCACUUUUUUUUACGAUAUUUUUAAACGCCUCUGUUAUCUGCAAUUCGUGCCUAUACAUUAUAUAUUAUUAUUCUCUAAAUUCCUUUUUUUUUUCGGAUCAGUUAAUUGCGUUGUUUAAGUAAAACCACUGAGGUAUUUAUAAUAUUAUAAUAGUAGAAGUAAAAGUAAUUUGUUUUUAAAUUAAACAACUAGUACCGAUUAAUAUACUGUUUAAUAUGAAUAAUACAAGAACAAUUUUUAGGAUUUAAUAAAUUUAACACUUAAUAAUCGUUGCGGGAUACUUGAUGAAAACAAAAUAAUUAUUAUAAUAAAAAUGACGAAUUUAAAUUCAUACACAGUGUGUGUCCCCCAUGUUCGACGGAUUUUUCUACAGCUGUUAAUAUUACAUAUAUUUUUUUUAAUCGGUGUUUCUUCGAGGACAACGAUUUGAAAAAAAAUGUAAUUUUUAUUUUUAUCCCCUAAACACAUAAAAAAAAAACUUUUUAUUUUUCACUUUACAAAAUAUUCAAAAUAAUUAUUUUGUAAAAGAUAUUAAUCUAAAAAUUUUAAUGCAUUACCAUUCAUAUCCGAUGAAUAGUUUCUUAGUAAUAGCCGUUUUAAUUUCUAGAAAAAAAGUGUGAAAUAAUUAAUAUUCAAUAAACUACUGUUGCGAUAAGAAAUUACCGUGUGACGGUAAUAAUUAUUAUUGAAUAAUAAUUGUUUUCACACUUUUUUUUUAUAUUUAGAGGAUAAAAAAAAAAAUUAAAUUUUUUUCCAAGUCGAUGUCUCUCGAAUUUCCUCGAAGAAAUACCGAUUAAAAUAAAAAGAAAAAAAGAGUUGAUACUGGAGAUAAGAGUGGCCACAGUUAUAGGUUAAAAGUUGGAAAGGAUACGAUACAUAAGAUUAUUUCAUUUGUAUCUGUAAGCAACGAUAAAUUAUUGCUUGACGAAAGAUGAUUCCGAGCGCAAUUCGGUAAUUUAUGCAUAAUUUAAAGUACCGUAAUUAUUUUUUUGCGAUUUUCGUUUAAAUUUUAUUUCAAUACGCUUAUUAAAAAAAAAGAAAAAGAAAAAAGAUUAAUGAUUUUGGAAAUUUUACCACGUCUAUGUAAAUUCAAUAUUAAUAUUAUUACCAAUUUUCAAGUCUCUACGUGUAUUUAUAACCGAAUUACAAAAAACACUCCCAAAAAUUAAAAUUCCUUUAAAGCUAAAAAGUGACUCAAAAGUUUUGGCAAUAAUACCGUAAGAAAUUAAAUCAAAAAGGCCACAAAAAAAUAUGUCUUGUGAUAUUUUGAUUAGAUUAUUUUUUCUGGUAGAAAACGUCGUCCGUGUUUUUAUAAAAUAAUGAAAUCGUGAAAUUGUACGUUUUCCUACGUUUUUUCUCACUUAAGUGUUUUUAUUUAAAAAAUGGCACCAAAAAUCUGAAAAUGACCUGUUUAAAGUGUCAUCAAAACAUCUUGAACUUUUAGAAAAGUUGCGACACGUAAUAAUCGGAACAUGUUUACUAGGAAUAAAACGUAUCCACAGUCUAGAACGAAAAAAAAAGAAGAAAGAAAUAAACAGCAUUGUAAAACCAAUAGUUCCCUCACUAUGCUUAGAAUAUAAAAAAUGAAAAAAUAUUUAAUAUCAGCUUUAGAAAAAUCUGUCGAACAUGAUGGAACACACUGUAUUUAAAACCGGAUAAUGUACUUAGGUACCUAAUAAUAUUAUAGAGUAUACUCUCUCUAAUAUGUCUAGUUAUAUUUAUGUUUUUAUUUUCAAACAAUUAUUUUUACCGUGUAUUUAUUUUAAUUAUCUGAGCCGAUCGGGCUUGAUAAUAAGAAUUUGACUCUUAGAAUCAAUCCGCUGAAAUAAUGAAACACCCGGAAGGUCCGUUUGCCCGAAAAAAAAAAUGCCUCGGAUAGGAAGUAAAAUUAUUGAGCAGCAAAGUAUUAUUUAUGAACAUUUAAUAGAAAAAUAUUAUUAUUUAUCAACAGAUCCGGCGGAAUGCUUGCCGGCGGACAGUCCGCUCUGUUCUCAAUACAAACAUCCAGACGAAUUGAUAUUAUCAGUGCAGGAAUCCGGUCCUGGCGGUUUCACAGUGUGGUUGCCGCUGCUUAUCUUCGGUGUGGACGUGAACAGUGACGCAAUUAAUAAUAUUGACGAAGAGUUGCAAAACGAAGAAGAAGGCGAAAACGAAAUGGAAAUAUACGUUUCAGGAAAACGUUUCCCUAACAGGAUGAUCAGGUCCCUGGAACUGACCGAAGAAUAUCCUCCUGAAGGUACUUUUCGUCCUCCAUCCAGUAAGGCCGAACCUCUGACUACACCGCCUUUGGUUUCUGAUAAUCCCUCUACUGCAGGGGCCUCGAUGCCCCUGAUGCCCUCAAUGCCUUCCAUGCCCUCCAUGCCUUCUAUGCCCUCCGCGCCUUCCAUGCCUCCCACUUCUUCCAUGCCUUCCCUGCCCUCUUUACCUUACAUACCACCAAUGCCGCCCGUUUCUUCUAUAGCUCCAACGGCGCCCUCUAUACCACAGCCGCCUACCGAGAAUACUCCGACUGAACCGAAAAAUAGAAAUACGGGGACGACAACAAGCGACGUUACGACCAUAUCACCAGAAGUGGAGCUAAUCGAUACUACGACGGAAGACUACGGCAAUGUGGGCGAGCCAAAUUGCGAUUACGAUCCGAUAACGUUCAUUUUGAAAUGUGGCCUGAACAUAAUCACCAGUAUUUUCGGUGUAUCCGAUACCUGUUGUAAACCGUUAUUUUAAUCUAAUUUUAUUCCGAACAAAAUUUUAGUAAUUUUAUAAUUUUGUU